UUUGCAAACUCCCAACAUAGCAGGAACGAGGCUUUGAACAGGAAGAGGAAGAGGAAAGUUUGAUUUGAAUGAGCAAAAGAGGGUGGACUGGGAGUAGCAGCGGGUUUCAACUUUUGACCACCCACUCGCUCCUUGCUUUGCUUCUUCUCAAAUAACAAGACUGGGUCUCCGCUCACCAACAAACCGCGUCUUCCUACCCUUUCCUCAUCUCCCCCACAUUUUGUUCCCUCUUUAAACCACCCUUUUUACGCCAUAAUCUCCUAAUUUCCCAUCCCGCCAUGAAAUUCUUAUCAAAGCUGUUUCCAUGGGUCUUUUCUUUGGUGAAUCCCACCGCGUUUCUCUCCUGAUUUUUUCAUUUCUUUGUACUGUUUCUAUCUGUUCCUCACUCUCCUCAGUCUCUAUUUCUGAGACUUCUGGCCUGACAUUGGUAUGUGCCUUGGAACCGCAACGAUCUUCUCUAAAUUGUUCUAGCUUUCCUCCCGGUAUUCAAACCCCUUUCAACUCUAAUUAUUCGUUCUCUGGGAUUGUCUCUGGAGAUGGGUUUUUAUGUGGUUUGAGACCUUCUUUUUCCUCGUCCAAUGUUUCAGUUAUGCAUUGUUGGAGAUUCUCUAGCAACGGUACUACUAUAGAGUUCAAACGGAUUUACGAGGGUCCAGGUCUUAAACAACUUGAUGCAGGCAACUCUCACAUUUGCGGUCUUAAUGAGACCAACGCUCUUGAAUGUUGGCAGUGGCCUGGAUUCAACCCAACCGGGGAUCGAAACUUUUCUACAAUUGCUGUUGGUGAAGGAUUUUUAUGUGGGUUAUCAGAAGCUGGAAAGAUUAAAUGCCUUGGAAACGUUACUGGUAUCUCUGGUCAAGAGCUUAGAGGGAGUUAUAGCGUGAUUGCUGCUGGCUUUACACAUGCUUGCGCUAUCAGUUUCGAUAAUGAUUUGGAGUGUUGGGGGAAUACGGUGGGUAAUAAGCCACAGGGAAAAUUCAAAGCACUGGCUCUGGGUCAAAAUCGAAGCUGUGCUUUAAGGAUUGAUGAAACAGUUGUUUGUUGGGGGGAGAAUAAUUUCAGUCUGCCAAAGGAGUUGGGAGGGUAUGGAUUUUUGUCGAUCGAAGCAAAAAGAAACGUUUUCUGUGGAGUUUUGACAUUUAAUUAUUCUCUGUUUUGUUGGGGUGACACAGAUUUUGCUUCCAACUUCAUGGUAUUCUCAAGAGUAUUGCCAGGGCCAUGUAGGGAUUCGUGUCAAUGUGGUUCAUUGCAAGGAUCAGGCUUCCUUUGCAACAAUGGUAGAUCUAUUUGCCAAACUUGUAAUACACCUGUCGUGCCAAUAACGCCACCCCCGCCAUCAGCUCCCUCACCAAGCAGUGAUUUGAAUGGCAAAAUGGUAGCCUUUUUAGUUGUUGGUUGUGUAGGAUCCUUCUGUUGGUUCCUGGUCGUUGGUUUCUUUGUCUUUAGAUAUUGCAAAGGUAGAGGAUGCCGUGUCCAUGAUUCAGGUCCCCUGGAUGAGACUGGUGGCCCAGAUAAUGCUGUUCCCAAUCAGCCCCAAAGUUCCCAAGCCCCAACAGCACCAGCAGUUCUUGAGAAGCGUCUGAGCCAGUUGACCAGCAUGGGAAAUACAGGUUACUUGGAGGAAUUUUCUUUACAAGCCCUGAUUCAAGCGACCAACAAUUUCUCUGAAGAUCAUAAAGUUGGGACUGGCAGUUUUGGUUCUGUCUACCAUGCUACAUUGGAUGAUGGGCGUGAAGUGGCCAUCAAGCGGGCUGAGAUAACAUUCACUUCAUCCUAUGCAAUAGGCACCAAACGUCAAGAAGAUAAAGACACUGCCUUCGUGAACGAGCUUGAAAAUUUGUCACGCCUCCAUCACAAAAAUCUCGUCCGACUAUUAGGAUUUUGUGAAGAUUCCAAUGAGCGUGUAUUGGUGUACGAGUACAUGGACAAUGGCACACUCCAUGACCAUCUCCACAAGUUUCAAAAUCCUCCCUUUAUGUCAUGGGCUGUGCGGCUUAAGAUUGCAGCAGAUGCAGCAAGGGGGAUUGAGUACUUGCACGAAUACGCGGUACCACCAAUCAUACACCGCGAUAUCAAGUCCUCCAACAUCCUUCUCGACGGAAAUUGGACCGCAAAGGUAUCCGAUUUUGGAUUGUCAUUGUUGGGUCCUGGGGACGAUGAGUCACACCUUUCGCUGCGGGCAGCAGGCACUUUUGGAUACAUGGAUCCUGAGUACUACAGGCUGCAUCAGCUGACCACUAAGAGUGAUGUGUACAGCUUUGGUGUAGUAUUGCUGGAAUUGUUAUCAGGAUGCAGGGCAAUUCAUCGGAACGAAAAUGGGGUGCCAAGGAAUGUGGUUGAUUUCGUUGUUCCAUAUAUUCUCCAAGACGAAAUUCACAGAGUUUUGGACCCCAGAGUCCCACCACCAACCCCUUUCGAAAUAGAGGCAGUGGCAUACGUAGGAUACUUAGCAGCCGACUGCGUAAGACCAGAAGGCCGAGACAGACCUUCAAUGACUGAGAUUGUAAGUAGCUUGGAUAAGGCAUUUGCGGCUUGUUUACUUCCCCCAGCCUUGUCCCGUUCCACUACAGACUCCUCCACGUAGCAGAGACAUUGUACAGCAAAGAAUAGUCAAUUUUUUCCCCCAAUUCCCUCCAUACUGAUUUGUUGAUUACCAACCAAUAACGUUAAGAGAAUAGAAAGUGGUCCACAAAAAGGCGUUCUUCCCUUGUUUUGACAAA